CAGUUAUAGAAACGCAAAGUAUUUUGAUAUUGGAGGCAAAGAAGGAGGGUUUCUGGCAACCUCAAAUUGUUAAAGGGUUUCAGGGUCCUCUAAAUUCGGAGUACCAAAGAUUGAGAUAGAAUGAAGUUUGAAAAAGAGGUAACUUUGAAGUCCUUGAUUCGCCAAUUCGAACAUGGGUUUAAGGCUCUUUCUCGUUCGAACUUGAUUUCAUCUUCUGGGUUUCACAUAUCUGUGGCUGGUCUUCUGGGUAUUGCUGGUUUUGUUUUAGCUCUCAAAGACUCGAAAUUGAGCAGGCUAAGCAGCUUAGACUGGCUGCCCAAGACUGACAAUGGUUCUCCGAAGCUGCGUUUGGUACCUGGCUUGCAAAACCUUGGAAAUAAUUGUUUUCUUAAUGUGAUUUUACAGGCUCUGGCUAGCUGUUCAUACUUUCAACCCUUUCUUCAAAAGGUUUUAGAGGAAUAUGAGUUCUCAGCAGUUGAGGAUGAGGUUUCUGGCUUUCCUCUUGCAAUAGCAUUGGCUGCUUUAUUAGAAGAUUUACGUGUAGUUGGUGGAGGAAGAGUUGUAUUAAGUCCACGAAGAGUCAUGCUUGCAGUGGCACAUUAUAUUCAGAAUUUCGAUCUAACAAGCCAGCAGGAUGCAGCAGAAGCAUUUCUUCAUCUUCUGUCCUCUUUAAGAGAAGAAUUUUCAGAUUGUUAUCUUCCAAAUCAAUGUUCUUUAGUAGAAGUAUUUGCUUCUAAUUGUAGGAUUAUUACUCCAAAGAGAAUGGAGAACCAGAGUGAACAGGCAAGAUGGCAACAACACUACCUUGGACCAUUUGAUGGAAUUCUGGGUAGCAUCCUAACAUGUCGAAGUUGUUCGUCGCAGAUAUCAUUGAAUUUGGAAUCUUUUCACAGUUUGCCUCUUUCGCCAGUUCUUGAUGGUGGUGAGACAAUUAUGGUUGGAUGUAACUUGGAGGAUUGCCUGAAGCAGUUCACUGUUGCUGACAGAGUUGAGAAUUACCACUGUAACCAUUGUUGGCAUAUUGCUGCGGUCAAGUAUUUAUUUGCUAGAGGAGUAAAUGAGGCAGAUAUUGAAAAGAUUAAGAGAUGCACUGAGCAAGAUUCCUGUGACUGUCGAAGACUUUUUCAUCUAGAUAAGCUACCGUGGUCAAAUAAAUUUUCAUGUACUCUCAAGCAAAUAAGUAUUGCUCGUUGCCCAAAGAUUCUAUGCAUUCAUCUUAAACGUGUUUCAAUCAAUGUAUUUGGAGAACUUGUAAAACUUCAGGGCCGUAUUUCUUUUCCAUUGGUUUUGGACCUUUCGCAGUUCACAACAAGGGGGUCAGAAAUAAACAGUUGGGAAGAAAACAUGAGAAGAUGGCAAGCUCAGGGACAAAGUAGAAACCCAAGCACUCGUUCCAAUCAGUUCACUAUGCAGUAUGAUGAGAGAAAGCAUAAUAAUGUCUAUGGAUUAACGAGAGGAGGAAUAUCAGAAGAAUUAGCUUCAGAUAUAUCUCGAUUUGCUGCAAAUGCACAAGAUUUACCAGGAGAAUCCAGCUUUCCCCAAACUGCAGGGUUUUCAAAAACCAUGCACUCAGGAGAUCAGUGGUCUAAGAGUUGCGAAGAUCCUUGUUUGUACCAUCUUGUUGCUGUUGUUGAGCAUUUUGGAAGAGCUGGAAGUGGGCAUUACACUGUUUACAGAAGCGUGAGAGCUGAUUUAUGCGAAGAAGAAUCUGAUGAUCAGUUUGAGGCUGCUGCUCCAUGCUGGUUUUCUAUUUCAGAUUCAGAAGUGUGUCGUGUUUCAAAGGAAGCUGUUCUUGCUGCAGAAGCUAGCUUGCUCUUCUAUGAAAAAAAUGAAGGCUGAAGAAUGCACCUGCAGAAAAUUGGUUAUAAUCUGUUCCAAGGAUUCCAGUUUACUCCAGAAAGCUCAAAUGCUGAUACAUGAAAUGCAGUUCAAGAAAAAAGGCGGUUUAAGAUAGCCAGGGUAAUGCCCAUAGGCUUCUGCAACUUGAGAGACCUGGAAAUGUCCGCGUAGCAAGGCUAGUUGGACUACACAACCUCCAUUUUGAAAUUUUCACAAAAGGAAAACUUGGAAUGUGUACACUACCUCGCAUGCAAAUUCAACCUCAACAGUAGAAUUCUUAGCUAGAAACCGAAAAUUAAAAAAAGACAAACAAUAAUGGAGUUGAGAAAAAUCACAUUUACAUGUGACAUCUUGUAUUUUAGUCGAGUUAUAAUAUUUGUGAAUUUUAAUGAUGUCUCAUUUGUGUAUUGUCUGCUGGUAGCAUCCUCGCAAAUCUGUUGCUGUUUCUUGUGUAUCCAAAUCUUUUGGUUCGGAAAUGCUAUUGUGAGUGCCUGCAGUAAUUUUCCGAUUGCCCUUUCUCUAAGUUGUGCUUCCCACUUACUUGGGUUAAGGCAAGUGGUGAGGGAGGGUGAAGAAACAUGUUAGGAUUAUUAUAAUAGGCGAGUGCAGGCGCUUGCCCUCCCUCCUUUUGAGAUCCACCCAAGAAAUUGCCCAGCUGGUUUGUUGUGUUUUUGGAGCAUGGUGCAAAGCCUGCAAGAUGUUCGACUAAAUGCCCCAAAGAGGAGGCUGAGAUAGGGGCAAAUCCAACAGAGUACACCUUGCAUAUUCAAGUAUUGGCAUAU